GGAAGUGUGGAUCGAAGGAAAAGGAGUAGAUUCAUUAGGACUUGUUAAUAGAGCUUUUCACUAAGAAAUGAAAAUAGAUUAACUGAAAGAAGAUUGACUCGGGCAUAAACAAGAAAUGGGGAGAUCCACAUACGUUGGAAUUGCAGUAGCCGUUGCAUUCGCGGGUUUCUUCUUCAGAUUCUUUCUCCUCAGACCACUUCUACAACAACAACCACCCUCGAGAUUGUUUACUUCCCAAGAAUUGGCCCUCUAUAAUGGAACUGAUGAACAACUGCCCAUCUUCUUGGGGAUACUUGGCUCUGUAUAUGAUGUGACUAAAGGAAAAUCUCAUUAUGGUGUUGGAGGAGCUUACAAUCAUUUCGCUGGAAGGGAUGCUUCACGCGCAUUUGUUUCUGGGAAUUUUACAGGAAUUGGACUUACUGACACUCUACAUGGACUCUCUAGCAGUGAGGUAAAAAGUGUAGCAGAAUGGCGGGAUUUCUUCUCCAGAACAUAUACAUAUGUUGGGAAAUUGGUGGGUCGCUACUACGACUAUCGGGGGAAACCUACGAAAUAUUUGAAGAGUGCAGAAGCCAAGGCAGCUAGGGGUGCUCAACUGAUGGAAAAGCAGAAGAAAGAAGAAGAAAAGAUUCCGAAUUGCAACUCAAAGUGGAGUGAGCAUGAGGGCGGUGAGGUGUGGUGUGAGGAAGGCUAUCCAAGACUGAUGCAGAGACCUUUAGAAAUAGCAUUAACAGGUAAAAUGAGCAAGCGUUGUGUGUGUAUGAAAGAAGAAGACUUGGAACAAGAAGGUUUAGAAAUCUACCAAGGUUGUGACUAUCAUUCCCAAGCUUGCAAAGUGUAGAUAACGAAACAAACUUCUGUUUCUCGAAAGUGAAAUCUGUUCUGUCAUCGUUUCAGAAACGCCUGUCUCCCUUUUAUUAUCCAAAGACUCGCCACGUUCACAUGUGGGUGUUAGCGCAGUGGCAUUGCACUGCUUCUCCCUUCCCCCUCUUUCGUACUUGGUCGUACAGUGGAAGUUCUGCUAUUCAGGAUAUGACUCCAGUCAUGGUUGUGGUUAUGAUGCACAAGUGGCUAUUUUAUAUAAUAACUUGUAUUUUCAGUUAUUAAAUUUAGGAUUGAUUUUGUAUACCUUAACAAGUAUUUCUUAAUCCAUGAUAUUUGUUUUGGCCGAAAA